CUCGUAGAUUCACCAGAACUUAAUCUCUAACACAACCAAUAUAACUCUUAUAACUUGCAUUUACUUUAACAGUAAGAACCAAAACUAGGUGUUAUGCCCGCCACUUUGCUGAUACUGAAGCAUGCGAACAUGCCCCUGAAUGUUGCAUAAUGUAUUGAGGCAGAACAUUGAAGUUGUAUGGAAUGAAUAAGCGUAUCUACCCACAUGUGACUAUGCUAGGUCACAUGACUUAGGAUCUAGAUUAUUUUAGCUGAUUAGCGGUACCUAGGUACAUAUCUCGCCUUACCUGCCAACAUCGUCAUGGACCUAGACGGCAACACGAAAUAACUGAAGCCUCCUAAUAUUAUAUUGGGAAUAAUUAAAAGAUUAACGGCUGUAACUAUUUUCCAUUGGAAUCAUUCAUUCAUUCAGCAUUAUGUCAGAGAACUCAGCACCAGUACAGCCUCCCACUCGUCUGAUUUCUCACUUCGCAAAUCGGGAACGAAGCAAUCAACCCUCAGGAUGGGUAGAAUUAUGGGAUGCUGGGGACACCGAAUACUGGGAUCGGGGGAAGCCUUCCCCCGCUCUCAUCGACUGGAUCGAGUCACGCCCUGAGGUUCUGUCCCAUUCUACGACAUCUCCUUCUCGGUUAAGAGCACUUGUACCGGGCUGCGGAAAAGGCUACGACGUCGCCAUGUUGGCCCUGCACGGCUUUGACGUCUACGGACUGGAAGUUUCCAAAAAGGCCGUGGAAAUCGCAGAGCAGUAUGCAAAAGCAGAGCUUCGUGAGCCAUCUGCGCACAACUUCGGCUCCGCGCAUGAGAGCCGGCAAGGCAAUAGUUCCGCUGGUGAAGUUAAGUUUCUAAACACCGAUUUCUUCAAAGAGGGUUGGGAAAGGGAUAUUGCCACAGAAGGCUUUAAGGGCUUCGACCUGGUUUACGAUUAUACCUUUCUCUGUGCGCUGCCGCCAGACAUGCGGAAGGAUUGGGCGCGUCGCAUGAGCGAAAUUCUCUCUCCGACCGGGGUCCUAGCGUGUCUUGAGUUCCCCCUAUAUAAAGACUUGAAAGCGCCGGGACCGCCGUGGGGACUCAGGGGUGUUCAUUGGAAUCUUCUAGCGGAAGGGGCUGAUGGGAUCAUCGGUGAUGAGUCUCAGAGGGAGACGGGAGAAUUGAACGGGAAGUUUGAGAGAGUGCUUUAUUUUAACCCAGAGCGAUCAUAUGAGAGUGGCAGAGGAACUGACAUGUUUAGUGUUUGGCGGCUUAAAGCGACGAAAUGAUAUUGAUAGCUUUUGUUCUUAGUCGCGGAGACGAACAUGUGUACGAUGGCAAUACACGAAUCUAUCCUGUUGAUACCCCUGAUACUUUAGAUGUAACGCUACUCUUUGUCUUCCCCGGAAAUAGUGUCUACCUAGGUUUGUAUCAUUGAUAGAUCAUUUGAGGGCUGAUUCAUG